GUAAGCCUUGUCUGCGUGACGGACACAUGUGGUCACAUAACUACAGGAAUCUCUUUUCCCUCCCCUCUCUCUCUCUCUCUCUCUGUGUGUGUCUCUAUCUCUCCCUCCUGUUACCAUUCCCCCAUUCACGUAACUACUGUAGUAGUUGUCUCGCAGUCGUCCUAAACCAUCAUCAUCAGCAAUAACAACAACAACAGCAGAGGUACCGUUUGUUUGUUUCACCAGAAACGUCCAUGAGGAAUUCCUUCUUCGUCGUACACUUGUUUUGGUUUUUUUCGACCCUGUCCUCCUGUCAACUAAAACAAUUAAUGGUCUGCUACUUCCCUUUUUUACUCCAUGACAGAUUUAAAAGCUGUUUAUCAUGAGCAGUUGUAAAGAAGAAAGUGAAAGCUGCCUGUCCCUGUGCGCUGCUAACGGCCAUGAGGAUGCCGAACAGUUUGACAGAAUCUCAUCCAGCCAGACUCCUGCUGUCUCGUCUACGACCUGUGCAGAGGUAGCCAUCCAUCCAAACAAGAGCAAGUCACCGAAAAUGUCUCCCAGCAGCAGCAGCAGCAGCUCAUCGGAUGCUGCAGUUCUGCAGAGGACUACCAUUGCUGAUGUGAUGACCAAGAGCAAAGACUUUGAGACGUUCCAUUUGGCGCCGGGCAAGAAGGCGGACAGCAAAUAUUACAAAGAGGAGAGUGCCGAGACUACGAAGGAGAAGAACCGCAACAGUAGUAAGAAGGCGAGCAAGGAGAGCGGGAAGCCGUAUUCCGGCAAGGAAGGUGUAAAAUGCAAUGAUCCAGAUGGGAAAAAUAAUCAUUACAAAACAUCAGUGAUAGGUGAUAAGAAAGAUGUGAAAUCAAAAGAGAAAUCUGAUCGUAAAGGAAAUAAAGGUUUUUUGAACUUCUUCAGAGGUGUUGGCAGCCUGACUAGUGCUGCUUACAGUCCAUUGAAAGCUGGCAAGGAGCCUCGGGGUGUCGAGAUGAAGUCAGCUGCUGAACUAGAGGCUCUGUGGCAGAAGGAAGAGGAGGAAAAGAGGAAGUUGGAAGAAGAAAAAAAGAAGCAGGAAGAGGAGAUACGCCUACAAGAGGAACUUCUGCGGAAGAAGAAAGAAGCUGAAGAAGCUCAGAUUCAAGAAGAAUUGAGGACGAUCCAAGAUUAUAUACAAGAGGUGAAAGAGAGAUUGGACCAGAAGAAUUAUUUACGAGGCAAGAAUCUUAAUGCUGCAGAGAAUCGUCCAGAUGAGACAUUUUUCAGUAAGUUGGACUCUAACCUCAGAAGAAAUACUGCUUUUGUGAGGAAGCUGCGUAAUUUAACGGAGUCACUGAAGGACUCUCUGACCAAAGAUAUCCAGAGUUUAAACCUUUCCAAGUACAUCGGAGAAGCAGCUGCAGCACUUACUGAAGCCAAACUGAAGAUGUCAGAUAUCAACUGUGCCGUCCUUAUUUGCAGUCUCCUUCACCAGCGCUAUGCUGAUUUUUCUUCCUGUUUAAUGGAAAACUGGCAGAAAUAUCUCCUUUGUAAGAAAGAGGAAAGGAUUGCAAACUUGAGUAAAUACAGAGUAGAUUUAAGGUUCUUUGCUGAACUUGUGUCUGUCGGUUUGUUUUCCGAAAAAGAAGGUCUCCAUGUGUUGGCCAACCAGCUUUCCAUCUUAGUGAACAGUGAUAAAGAGGAACACAACAAUCUCUCCAUCAUAUCCAGUUUUUGUAAACACUGUGGAGAUGAUUAUGUUGGAAUUGUACCCAGGAAAUACAGAAUUUUAGCUGAGAAACACAAUUUGGAAAUUGAAAGAAGCAAUAUGCUACCACCAGAGCGACAAAAAGCAUGCAGGAAUUUGCUGAAAGAAUAUUAUGCCACUUUAUGUAAACAUUUGAAAAAAUUACACAAAGAUCUCAAAACUAUUGAGCAACAGAAUCGAAAAAUACUCCAGACGAAAGGGGAACUGAGCAACGAGAGGAAAGAAAAUUAUGAAACAGCUAUAGUAAAUUACCAAAAAUUACAACAGAACACAUACACACUCGCAGAUCUUCUUGAUGAAGAAAUCCCUGACCUGCCUGAAGAAGAGCUUAAACAAGAUUCAGAAGGCGCUAUGUUUGACAUCUUCAACCCCAUUAAAAAUGCUGAAUUCCAUUAUGAAGGAGAUACAAGCCUGUUUGAGGAUGAAGACACUAGAACUUUCUACGAAUCCUUACCUGAUCUCAGAUCUCUUAUUCCAGGGAUCCUGUACAAAGAAAGUGAACAUGCGUCAUCUAAAGAUGAGACCAAAGAAGAUGUUACCGCCUUGGAAGAAGGUACACUUUGCGUUAAUGAUGUUGUUGUUGCUGUUUCAUAUAUUGAAACUCUGAAAAUUGAAGACAUUGACACGGAAAUGGAAUUUGAACAGAAGGAACUACCUGUAGAGACGCUUGUGAAGGACAAAGAUGACAACAAAGAGCGUUUAAAAGACGAUGACAUCGAGGAAGAAUUGGACAUGAUUCAUCAGCCAGAUAUAGAAGAAGAAGGCGACACAGGUCAUCUGAUGAAAGCUCAGUUUGAUACGUUCCUUCAGUCUUUACCGAAUUGUGUUAACAGAGAACUGAUCGACAAGAAUGCAGUUGAUUUUUGUAUGAGCUUCAAUACCAAGACAAACAGAAAGAAGUUGGUCAGGGCUCUUUUCACAGUUCACAGAACCAGAUACGAUUUGUUACCCUUUUACUCCCGACUUGUGGCUACUUUGUAUCCUUGUAUGCCAGAUGUUGCCAACGAUCUUGUACAUUUGCUGAAAGGAGACUUUCGCUGGCAUAUACGCAAGAAAGACCAAAUUAACAUUGAAUCCAAGUUGAAAACUGUACGUUUUAUUGGUGAACUGGUGAAGUUUAAGAUGUUCCCCAAGACAGAGACGCUAUUUUGUCUUAAGAAUUUAUUAGUGGAUUUCACUCACCACAAUAUAGAAAUGGCUUGUGCUUUGCUCGAGACGUGUGGACGAUAUCUUUACAGACAGAUGGAUUCUCAUCAUAGAACUAAAGUCUAUCUUGACGUGGUGAUGCGGAAAAAAGCUGCUCUUCAUUUGGAUAGCAGGUACAUCACAAUGAUAGAAAAUGCUUAUUACUACAGUAACCCACCUGAAGUACCGCAAAUGGUGAAGAAAAUACGCCCUCCUAUGCAUGAAUAUAUACGCAAGCUACUUUAUAAAGAUCUGUCAAAGGUCACCACGGAAAAGGUAUUACGGCAGAUGAGGAAAUUAGAUUGGGAUAAUCCAGAGGUUGCAUUCUAUGCUACCAAGUGCCUGACAGCUGUUUGGAAUAUCCGUUACAAUUCCAUUCACUGUGCUGCCAACCUCUUGGCUGGCUUAGCCCCAUAUCAUGAGCUUGUUGCUAUUCAAGUGGUUGAUGGUAUCUUGGAGGACAUCAGGAUUGGAAUGGAGAUCAACCAUCCCAAGUACAACCAACGGCGAGUCAGUGCAAUCAAAUAUCUCGGAGAACUCUACAACUAUCGCAUGGUAGAAUCUUCUGUUAUUUUCAAAGUUCUUUAUUCGUUCAUCUCUUUUGGAAUAUCAUUAGAAGAUAACGUACCUUCUGCCCUGGACCUUCCUGAUCAUCUGUUUCGCAUCCGUUUGGUUUGUGUUCUGCUCGACACUUGUGGACAGUAUUUUGAUAAAGGUUCCAGUAAGAAGAAAUUGGAUUAUUUCCUUGUAUAUUUCCAGAGGUAUUAUUGGUUCAAAAAGAAACUUCCAUUGUGGACAGAGGAUCAUCCUUUCCCAGUUGACGUUGACAAUUUGGUGAGGGACACCAUCGAAGCUGUACGUCCUAAGCUGAAGCUUCUGGAAAGUGAAGAAGAUGCGUACAAGGCAGUUGAGGACCUUGAGAAGGAAAUCAAAGCCAAGAUUGCUGAAGUCCUACCAAUCAUUGAUACAUAUGAUGAGAUGGAAACUAAUGGUUUAGAGGAGUGUGGUUUCAGUACCAUCAUUGAAAGUGAUGAGGAACUUAGUCAGAACCUUUCUCAAGUCAACAAUGAUGAGAACCUCAUUGAAAGCGAAACCAGUCAGGAUGAUCCCAGCCAAAGUCGUACAGGAAGUCAAGUUAAUGAUGGUGAAGAUUAUGCAAACAGUGUUCAUAGUGAAGAAGAUGAAGAAGAAGAUCUUCUCGAGUCUGCAGGAGAAGAUGAAACUGAAGAUCAGGUCACCGUGUUGACUGGAGGGCCAAAACAUAUCAAAUGCACUGAGGAUGAAGAUUUCUUAUCUGCUUUUGAUAGAAUGAUGGCUGAUAAUCUUCAGGCUAGAUCUCAAGAGUCAUUGAAGGUACCACAAUUGGACAUUGCUGUUCCAAUGCAUCUGAGGGGACAAGUGCGUAAGCAAUUUACAUUCCCUCAGAAUAAUAUUGAACAUAAUGAUACCAUAAAGUUUGUACUUAUGACAAAGAAGGGCAAUAAACAACAGUAUACCAACUUGAAUGUUCCGAUUUCUACUGAGUUUGCUGCCAAAUUUAAAGAACGAGAACGGGCUGAGCGAGCGGAGAAAGAACAGAUGAAACAGGUUGUCCUUGGUAUCCAUGAACGACAAGAAGAGGAAGAUUAUCAAGAGAUGUUAGCUGCCCUCAACAGACCAGCACCUGUGAACACUAACAGGGAGAGACGUGUACGUUAUCAACACCCCAAGGGUGCUCCUGAUGCAGACUUGAUCUUCGGAUCAAAGGAGCGUUGAAGGAACUAUCAAGCUUGAGGAAAGUCUACGACUACUCGUCCAGGCCAACAACGGUUAUUGUGCCUGUUUGCCAGCUGACUUCACUAAACCGAUAUUUCUGGCUGUAGUGGCGGCAAUGCAGAGCAGUUAGAGCAGCAAAAGGCAAUGGCGGCCAGCAGCAGCAGCAGCGACAGUGCAGUACAAUGCAGUGCAUUACCAGUGCAGUGCUGCGUUGUGCUGUGUGUGUGUGUGUGUAUGUGUGUGUUGUGCCAACCAGCAAACACGGCCUUUUACUGAAAAAGCAGCCAAAGCAAAGGUGACAGUGAGGUUGCUCCUCCUCCACCACCACCACCACCACAAGAUAAGAUAUAAUAUAUACACACAUCACAUACAGACAUAUAGACACACCCCCUCCCUCUUUCUCCUCUCACAAAUCACAACAAACUUUUUUUGUCUUUUUAU